AUGCCCUCAGUGCAAGGCCCGAGAACAAAGGUCACAUUGGCCUGCGAUGCCUGUCGCAAGCGACGGAUCAAAUGUAGCGACACGUUUCCAUGCUCAAGCUGUGUCGAGACUGGCACUAAUUGCGUUUUUGACGACAAGUACCGGGGACGUCGUGGGCCCAGAGCGCGACGCCCGCCGAAACGCGUAAUCCACGACCUUGCUCCGGCAACAACUGGUACUGCUAUCCCGAUCCUCCACAAGACCACUGACCCCUCGAGAAAUGCACCAGAGGGCCCUGAGAGAUGGUUCGAUGUGAGGUCUGCGACUCCUGCUACAGAAUCGGUCACUGUGAUUCAACCACCUAGCAACUCUGACACGGAUGAAGAGGACGCCUCCUCGAGCAGGUUUCUUGGCGCUUCGAAAUGGACAGCCGGACUCGAGGGAUUAUUGUCAGGCGACCAAUCAAUCACUAACGAUCCAACCCUUGAUAUUAAUCUAAUGUCUCACCUCUUGGAAAUUUUCUAUAGCCACACCAGCGCUCUCAUCAAGCAGAUAUUGCCGGCUUUCCAGUUGUUUGAAGCACUAGCAGACGGAACAGCGUUUUGCGGUCUCAUUCUUGCCGCGUGCGCUUCAAGUGUGCGAUUCUCCACGCAUCGAUCAGCAAGGCCAUCAACAGGAGAGGACCCUGGAAUUGCUGCCAGGCUUGCCAAGCUUGCUAGAGCUUCAAUUGAUAUCUAUAGCUAUGAUAUGCUCCCCCACCUGGAUCAGAUUAGAACAAUCUGCAUCCUCGUUGAGGCUUUGAAGGUACCUGAUGCUAAAGUGGUGGAGAACCUCCGGUUUGUUUUCAUGGUGGUUGCAGCGGUUAGCAAGUUCUACACACAGGGGAAAAGCUGGUUAAACACUAUGUUUCGUGUUUACGAUGUGAAUACACCCCUGACGCGUGUUUCCGGGUCGUUGGAGGGUGCUUUUGACGGCUACUUUAGUCGAUUCAAGGAGCUCUGUGAGCCUAGUUGCGUCCCUUUAGACCCGGACCAACCCUUGGGUGAUGAUAUUGACAAUGGCAGCAGGCCUUGGUCUCAAGUGCCGAGUCAAAAUGCAUUGGACCAGCCAGCGCAGGGAUCAUCUUGGGCUGCAGAUUAUGCUGGCCAUCUGUCCGAGUACAUAUCGGAUGAAGGGGCGGAGCAAGGACCAUACAGCUCCACCGAUCGUCAGGAAGUUACGCGGCUGGCUUACAGUGGACAACCAGGGUCCACAAGCAAUGAAGUGGAUCAGGACUAUGGGAACCGUGGAAUCGGGAUUGAGCAUGGAAGAGGAGGGAGCUCAGGACAGCAGCUGACGACAGAAAGGUGGCCGCUGACUGGUGUCGACGCUGCCCUGCUCUUGGGCAUGGAGGAUGGGUAUGGUGCGCGUUUCGAGAGCAGCGCACUUGCUCCGAUCUUUCAGUCAUCCCCGGACCUGACUACUUCCCCGUUCACGGGCAUAGAGAACAUCACACGAGUCACCCUCGCCAUCAACUAUCACGGCAAUGACUAUCAUCAUCUUGUGCCCAUGGCCAUGUCCGACCCUGCCUUACUAAACGUCGCGUUAGCCGUUGCAGCCUCACAUCACAGCCGGUGGCAACAUACCGCCGACGAAACAUCGCAAAAAUACCUACGAGCCUCUUGUAAGGCUCUCAAGCAGAGGUUUACCAACCCUACCCUGAUCAACGAUCCAGAGACAUUGGCGUCGAUGCUACUGCUGACAACGUACGAGGUGUUUGCGGGAUCGAGUCGGUGGAAGAAUCAUCACGAUGCCAUUCGGAGUUGGAUACGUUCGCGCGGCGACUGCGCCGGUCUCGACCCAUUCCUGAAGAACUGGGUGUGUCUGUUAGACACGCAGAGUUCUCUUAAUCUUGGAACUGCGACGAUGCCCGAGCUAGACUCGUGGAUGGACGCCACGACUGACCAGAGGGAGACUGUGGAUACUUUGUUCGGUUGCUCUGCUAAGUUACCGAAGCUGAUGUCAGCCGCCUCGCGCCUCUACGUCGAAUCGAAAGAUCCAGAAAUCGCCAUUGAUGAGAUUCGCAGGAAAGCCGAUAUCCUCCAAGACCAGAUCCACGCCACAAAGAUAGCACCAGAUACUUUCCCAAUGAUCGGGUUGUCCUGCCACAGCACUGUUGAGGCAUUUUCAACCACUAUCGGCAUGGACGAGGACGAGCUGCGACGCAGGGCUGUCGCCACAGCCGAGAUCUUCAGACACGCCUCGCACAUCUUUGUACACCGUAUUACCCACGGCCCCGAAGAGACACUCCCUUCCGAGAUGCGCGAGUCCCUGGAAAGCGCUAUGCAGCUACUACCGCUCGUGCCGGAUGCUCUCGGCCCCGGGGCAAAUCUUGGCUGGUGCCUGGUGGUGCUGGGGGCCGAGCUGGACGCGGUAGACCAGCGCGAAUAUAUCACUUCGCGGUGGGUGGGCCUUCAUCUGCUGGGGAUUUAUAAUACUAAGAACGGGCAGAAGUUACUUGAUGAAGUUUGGAGCCAUGCUGAUCUUGUAAGAAGGGGUUAUGCAACUUCGGAACGGUGGCAAGAUACAAUGCUACGGAUUGGUCAAGCGCAGAUACUGGUGUAA